AUGUUUCUGAGUUUUUGCCUCUUGGUUACAUUUAUCUUGGGGCUGUCCGGGUGCUUGGGUUCAUACGUGCCGUGCGAGCCGUGUGACCAGAAGGCUCUGUCCAUGUGCCCUCCGGUCCCGGUCGGCUGCCAGCUGGUCAAGGAGCCGGGCUGCGGCUGCUGCCUGACCUGCGCCCUGUCCGAGGGAGCGGCGUGCGGCGUUUACACCGGGACGUGCACCCAGGGUCUCCGCUGUCUGCCGAGGAGCGGGGAGGAGAAACCCCUGCACGCCCUGCUCCACGGCAGGGGAGUGUGCACCAACGAGAAAGGAUACAAACCUGCCCACCCGCCCAUAGAUCGUGAGUCUCGAGAGCAUGAGGACCCCCUAACCACAGAGAUUACAGAGGAGCUGCAGCCAGCUAAAGUGCCGCUCCUCCCAAAAGACAUUGUGAACAGUAAAAAAGUUCACGCGCUGCGCAAGGAUCAGAAGAGGAAGCUCGGCAAGCUGCGCCUCAUGGGCAGCCCCCUGGACUACUCCCCUAUGCCCAUUGACAAGCACGAGCCUGAAUUUGGUCCAUGCAGGAGAAAACUAGAUGGGAUCAUUCAGGGAAUGAAGGACACUUCUCGUAUAAUGGCUCUGUCAUUGUAUCUUCCCAACUGUGACAGAAAAGGAUUCUUCAAGCGCAAGCAGUGCAAGCCAUCUCGCGGCCGCAAACGGGGCAUCUGCUGGUGUGUGGACAAGUACGGCGUUCAGAUGCCCGGGACAGACUACAGCGGAGGGGACAUUCAGUGUAAGGACCUGGAGAGCAGCAACAACAACGAGUGAAAAAAAGGGGUGGACCGUCCUUGACCCCCCACACCCCCACCCCUAACCAGCACGUGACCCAGGGCCCACGCCUCCUCUCUGAAUUACAUAUGUCCGCUCUGCCCUCCGUUCACUUCAAGAUUUUUGUAAUUUUUUUUUUUUUUUCAAAUUGAAAAAAAAAAAGGAAGAAAACAUCCAAACGAAAGAACAGGCUGAAAAAAAGACACCUGUAUUAUUUUUUUUUUCAUUUUUCUUUUUUUCUGUUGUUGACCAAGCACAUUUUCCAAAUGAGAGGCAAAGUCCCAGAAGAUUUGCUAGAUCCCCUUUGACUUUUGCUCAUGGGACCCCUUGUAUGAGGCGGCUUCCCUGGCUGCAGAUCCAUAAAAAUAUAUACACACAACGGAUAUAUUUUUUUAUAGAAGCUAGGGGUUUCAACACAACACUUUGUAUGAUGUAAAAUUACCACAAAAUCAUUGUGAAUCAGGCACAUUGAUUGAUAACAGAUCGGUUUUAGGCUGUGGAACUGACGAUUGGCAGAGUAAUUUGGUUUUUUUGAUCUGUUUUCCAAAAGAAAAGACAAAAAAGAAACAAUAGAUAGGGAUAUGCUGUAACAGUUGACUCUAUCUGGGUAUGUGGUUCUGUCAGAGCACUUAUGAAUGAGGGGAACCUGCUUAGAUAUGUAGAUAUGUGCAACUUCACAAAAUGAUGCGUGCAUGAGUGUGUGUAUGUGUACAGUGCGUGUGUGUGGUAUGUAUCCGCCUGUGUCGGUAUACGAUGGAGUGAGCCUAUUACAAAAAGAAUGUCCUUUUUUUUUUUUCCUUUCUCUUUUCUUUGUUUUUGUCACAACAAGUAUUGCUGGCGCUUGAAGUGGUCUUGGGGCUGGCCUUCUCUAUAACCGAUGUAAAGUAUGUAUCGGGACACGGCACAUUUGGAAACAAAAGAGUGAGCUGAUGGUCACAGAUGAACCUAUGUAAGUGGCUCUUCGACAAUGUAGCUAGCCUGAUAUGCCAACUGUGCCUACGUAAACAGACACUGCCAUGCAGGGCGACACAGAGCUUAGAGAGCGCCGACUCUAGCGGUAAAACAAAAGAUCUGUGUUUUCAGCUUAAAGCGACGGGACUCGAGUUUGACUUCGAUCGUUCGAGUUGAGCGCAUAGUCCAACUCGCCAGUCGGGCCAGUUGCUUCUCUGAUUCAGUCGUGUGAAGUGUAGUUUUGUAUGGUUUUGUUUGUGCCGUUUUCUUUGCCUUCAGUGAAGUAAAGACCGCCCACUUUUGAGCCAUGUUCCUUUAUCAAGUGGUUUCCCCUCAGUACUGCUACAACAGUGUAACCAUGGUGUAUUACAUUACUUUUAAAAUAUAGUUAUUGAAUGUUUUUUUUUUUUUUCUUUCUUGUAGAAACAUAGUAUGACAACAAUGUAAUUGUGCUUGGAGAAAAAAAAAAGAGAAGAUUUUUAGCCUGUAAAGAAUUUGAAUAGGUCCUUGACCCGGAGUCAUUAGACUACAGGGCGGUCAAAGAAGCUAACCCUCUAAACCUUCUGCUUACAAGCCUCCAUGCAAAGGUUUGACAUCUAAGGGGAGCAUGAUGAAAUCUACAGGUUAAAGCAGGGUCAUUUAAGAGUUCUCUCUCUGUGUGCAAGUCACAGUGCCUUUCUACAUGCAAAUACAUUUAAAUAGUGACGUGAAAGUGACAUGGAUAUCAAACGGGGCUAUAUCCUUUUUUUCUGCCGCGGCUGAUACUUGAUACAACGAUCAAAGAUGUCCAAGUUUAGUUUCGAUUAAGAGAAGAAGAAGACCGAAUGUUGUUGGUCCUGUAAACAGUGUCAGCAACGCAUGGAAAAUCAAUUUCUAAUAUCCGCCUGAACCUCGGGGGGCAAUUCUGGACAAGAGUGAUGUGUGUGGGACGGCUGUGUAACCGCAGUCCGUUUAGCCUCCUUCGUCUCUUUCUUUGACAACCAAUAAGCUAAGAUUCUCGCUUUUUCAUGUGAAUGCCAAUGUAUAUGAUUGCCAGAGAGAGGAAGCCAACGGUAAAAUCAUGUCAUCGUUUUCUUUGCUGAAACAAAAAAAACGAAAAAAAUGACACGUGCGUCCCGAGUGGCUUCCUCGGUGGUUGUGAAUAUACGAUCGAGGCAACUCGCCCCGCUCCCGACACCAAAUCCCCACUACCACUUUCGAAAAAGCAGCUUGCACUUAUUUCAGUUACUCACUAUUGAUAUCGACACACAACGACGUCCUGAGAUGUGGUAUCAUGAAGUUGGUGGAACAUAAAAAAAAAGAAAAGAAAAAAAACAGCCACAAAAGCUAAAUGUUGUGUUAUCUUGUGCUUACCUUUUAAAGUUGGUGCUUUGAGGUAAUAUUUGUCGACAGGGGCUGUGCAGCCCACGCCUGGGACCUCCAAUACGGCAACAUCUUUUAGGGAAAAAGUAGAUUUCAAUGUUACACGCAGCUAGAGAUGUUCUCAUGGCCAAUUGCACAGAGAGUUGAGACAGAGAUAAAAAAGAGACGGAGGGGAAAGAGUAAGCGUGAGCGCCAUGGGCAGUGGUCGUAAUCAGGGCCUAGCCACUUCCCCGAUAUGGGGGUCACCAAUUGCAUGACAUUAGAUACAGUUAGCAAGACAGUUACCAGGAGUCAUGGAAAUCUGGGGAAUGCAA